CACUUUUUUGAAGACCCUGAAGGAAAGAUUGAAUUACCCCCAUCACUGAAAGUCUUUUCUUGGAAACGUCCACAAGAUUUUAUACUUAGCCGACCUCCUGUAGUUGUGAAAAAUGAAAUCACGUUUGAUUUGUUUUCACCAAAUGAACAUUUACUCUGCAGUGAGCUUAUGCGGUGGAUUAUCAGUGAAAUCUAUGCUGUGUGGAAGAUAUUCAAUGGAGGGAUUCUGAACAGUUACUAUAAAGGAAACUCAGCAGAGCUUCCUAUUCUGCUCUGGAAACCCUGGGAACACAUAUAUUCUCUCUGCAAAGCCGUGAAGGGCCAUAUGCCUUUGUUUAACAGCUACGGGAAAUAUGUUGUAAAGCUUUACUGGAUGGGUUGCUGGAGGAAGAUAACUAUUGAUGACUUCCUUCCAUUUGACGAGGAUAACCAUCUAUUGCUUCCAUGUACAUCGUAUGAGUUUGAGCUCUGGCCAAUGCUACUGUCAAAAGCUAUCAUUAAGCUGGCAAAUGUUGAUAUUCAUGUAGCAAAGAGGAGAGAGCUAGGAGAAUUCACAGUUAUCCAUGCACUUACCGGGUGGUUACCUGAAGUCAUUCCUCUUCAUCCUGGGUAUGUGGACAGAGUUUGGGAGCUCUUGAAGGAAAUCCUUCCUGAGUUUAAGCUCACGGAAGAGCCCACUUCUGAAAGCAAAUUCACAGUGCUAGAUAACAAACUGAAGGAACCCGUGAAAGAGACCAAGGAUGGCAAGGAAGUGAAAGAUGGCAAGGAAGUGAAAGAUGUGAAGGAUUUCAAACCGGAAAGUUCCCUUACAUUGCUGAAGACUCCAGAGAAAGGCGACAAAGCUCCAAAGGAGAAAACUGAUUCAAAAGACCUUUGGAAGAAGAAGAUUAAGGAUGGAGAGAAGGAGAAGGAAAAAUUCAAAUUUUCACUCCAUGGUUCGAGACCCUCAUCAGAUGUUCAGUACUCUGUACAGUCCUUGUCAGAUUGUUCCACGGCAACACAGUCCCCUCACAUGGUUGUAUAUGCCACCUUUACACCACUCUAUUUGUUUGAAAACAAGGUCUUUAUGUUAGAGAAGAUGGCAAAUUCUGCAGAGAAACUUAGGGAAUACGGGCUUUCUCACAUCUGUAGCCAUCCUGUGCUGGUGACCAGAAGUAGGUCUUGUCCCCUUGUGGCACCCCCCAAACCUCCUCCCUUACCUCCCUGGAAACUCAUUCGCCAAAAAAAGGAAACUGUCAUAACAGAUGAAGCUCAAGAUGCUGCACCGAAGAAGCCUGAGCAGUUCCUUGAGAUUUCAAGUCCAUUUUUGAAUUAUAGAAUGACUCCAUUUACUAUACCAAAAGAAACGCAUUUUGUGCAGUCAGUCAUUAAGAAAGGAACACCACUGGGAACCAGUCUUCCUUCCCUUGCAGAAAAUGAAAUACCUAUAAGCGCCAGCCAAGCGGAGAUAACCAUAGUAACAGGAAGCACAUCUCAGGGUAAUGUUGUGUUGCAGACUAUACCUGGAAAAGACGAACAAGGAGAGCUUGCACUGGGUGAUUUCCACCCACCCGAGGGCUUGGGUGUAGAAAAGGACUUGGUCAGCCAGACUACAGCAACACAGGAAAAGUCACAGGAAGAUUUUACAACAGUCAGUGAAGGUGCUUCCAAAGAAAUAUGGUUAGAUUUUGAAGACUUUUGUGUGUGUUUUCACCAUAUAUAUAUUUUCCACAAGCCAAGUUCUUAUUGUAUUAAUUUUCAAAAAUCAGAAUUCAAGUUCUCAGAAGAGCGUGUGCCCUACUAUCUAUUUGUGGACAGCCUGAAGCCCAUUGAACUACUGGUUUGCUUUUCUGCUUUGGUGCGCUGGGGGGAACCUGGAGGCAUGGCUACCCUUAGCUGCAUAAAGCCAUUUGUGGCUGAUGGAUCACAAGUUGAACAUAAGG